AUGAAACCUCCAGAAGGUUAUACUCGUGCCAAGCCUGCUCAAGUUUGUUGUUUGGUUAAAUCCUUGUAUGGAUUAAAACAGGCUAGACGCCAAUGGAAUAAGGAACUCACAUCAAAAUUGCAUCAAUAUGGUUUUACACAAUCAGCACAUGAUAAUUGUCUCUUUGUCAAAGGCUCUAAUGUUAAUUUUCUUGCUUUGCUUGUCCACGUUGACGAUAUUCUCAUAACAGGUGCAAAUGAAGCUGAAAUCCUUCGAGUCAAACAAUUUCUUCAUCAAACAUUCACUAUAAAAGACAUGGGUUAUGCCAGAUAUUUCUUGGGUGUUGAAUUAGCACGAUCAUCUUCCGGACUUUUUCUUAACCAACGCAAAUAUACACUGGAUAUCUUAAAGGAUGCAGGGAUUCUUGAUGCCAAAACCACUGACUAUCCUAUGUCCAAAGGGCUCAAGCUUGAUACUGAAACUGGCACCUUGCUCUCGAAUCCUGAACGUUAUCGACGAGUGAUAGGGCGGUUACUAUAUCUUAGUCUUACACGCCCAUAUAUUACCUAUGCUGUACAACGUUUAAGCCAAUUCAUUCAAAGUCCCCGACAGCCACACUGGGAUGCUAUCCUUCAUUUGCUUCGAUACUUGAAGGGGACCCCAACCAAAGGAUUAUUCUUUCCUACACAUAACUCACUUCAGUUAAAAGCAUUCUUUGAUGCUGACUGGGCAAGUUGUCCUAUGACCCGAAAAUCUCUAACUGGCUACUGUAUAUUUCUUGGCUCAUCUUUAAUUUCAUGGAAGUCAAAAAAGCAAACUACCAUUAGUCGAUCUUCACAAGAGAAUCACGGAGCAUGGCAUCAAUCGUUUGUGAAUUGCGAGUCGCCUUACGUACUCAAGGAUUUUCAACUUUCCCUUUCUUUGCCGAUUCCUUUGUAUUGUGAUAACAAGGCAGCGAUCCAUAUUUAUGAGAAUCUUGUUUUUCACGAAAGGACCAAACACUUGGAUAUUGAUUGUCACAUAGUUCGCCAACAGGUCCUCAAUGGCUUUAUUCAAACAACACAUCUGUCAGCCAAACAUCAGCUUGCUGAUUUCUUCACAAAGCCAUUAACUUCACACCUUUUUCAUUUCUUCCGUUCCAAGAUGGGAUUGGUUAACUUAAACCCAUCUCCAUCUUGA